GAAAAAUCAAGGGAAAUUUCAGCAAGCUAUGUUAGCUCUGAACCACCAACCUAUUUUAGCUGUCGACACACCAAUUUUCAAAGAAUAAUAACCGAGGGAAAUUUCAGUAAACCGGGGAAGGGACAGGUAUGGGCGGGCAAGCAGAACGGUCUGUCUUAUGAAGGUGUGAGGAGUAAGAAGAAGAUAAUUUGGUAUUUACAACAUGUAGUGUAUAUUUCACGUCACGACAUCCAUAUAUAUUGAGUAUAGCAUGCAUUACACGUACAUGAUUUCUAGUCAAAGCACAAAAUGUUUGCUAAUAAUUGAAACUUAAUGAUUUUAUUUGCACCGCAACUGCCGCCAGAGAUCAUUCAUGAUGUUUCUCUAACUUGCUUACUUGCUUGAGACUAAUGCCAUGGGUGGAAACGGACCAGGACAAAAUAAUUACUACAAUAGCCAGCUUGUUGUAUAUUCUGACUGAAAAAAUUAUUUCCACAAUCCUUAUUCUGUCCACUCUUUGCUCACAGGACGAAGACAGAUUCCAUCUCUGCGCUCCUGCAACCAUGAGCUUGUCUGCCGCCGGGAUCAUCAGUGCCAUCAAUGAUUGUGUCAGUUUGUUUCUGUCGGCCAAAUCUGCCAUUUCAUCUCUGCGCUCCCGAUGGAGUGGCUCACAAGAGCAAAGUCUCCAAGAUCAUGUAUUGCAAUUACAGAGUGAUGUACAACAUCUCUGUGACACUCUUCCUGCAAUGUAUCACCUCAUUAAUGGAGCAGAGUGGAGAAGCUAUGAAGAGCAUGUGGCCAAGCUCCUUCCGAGUCUCAAGGAUGCCGUGUCUGAGGCCGAGGACCUUAUUGAUGAGUUCAGAUGGCACGAGAUGAAGGUGCAAGUGGAAGGCAAUGCAAUCCAAUCUCCUUUCAUUGACUUCCUUGAUAAGGUCAUUCAUGGAAACUUCAACAUGUUGAAUGAUGUCCAAUUGAGGUUGAAUUACCUUUCGAGUGAGAUGAAGGGUAUGGGGCUUCGUGAAGUUACACAUCACUUUGCCAAAUCAGUUAGGCCAGUGACCACCUCUUUGUUGUCAAAGGAAACAAAGAUAUUUGGUCGUGAGAAGGAGUUGAAACAGGUAUUGGGGUUUCUUAAUGUACCUACACGUCCAAAACGCAAAAGGGCAACUAGUUCAAUAUGUGCAUCAACAAGCACAUCAUCAAGCAACCAUGUUAAUGCUGAACCAAAAAUAUCAAGUCUUCCUGUUUUGGUGGUAGCUGGAAUUGGUGGCGUUGGAAAGACUACUUUGGCCCAACAUAUCUGCAACCAUCAACGAGUGAAGUCUCACUUCGAGCUAAUAAUUUGGAUUUGUGUCUCAGAUGACUUCAAUGAGAAGAGGUUAACUAAAGAGGUCAUAGAAUCAUCUACUGGAAAGGGGCCAAAGAUUGAUCAUUUGGAUUCUCUUCAACGUGCUCUUUAUAACCACGUGAAAAAUAAAAGGUUAUUGAUAGUCCUUGAUGAUGUGUGGGAUGAUGCUUUGAAGGAUAAUGGGCGAUGUUGGGAGAUGUUUUGUGCACCUUUUACAAGUGUCCAAGAGGGAAGUGCGAUGUUAGUCACCACUAGAUGUCCAAAUGUUACCAAGGCCGUGCACACAAUGGAACCAGUUAUAGUUGAAGGUUUAAAGGACGAUGUCUUUUGGAAUUUCUUCAAGUUAUGUGCAUUUGGAUCUGAGGGUUCUAGCAAUGAUCCUGAGUUAGAGUGUAUUGGAAGAAAAAUACUUCCUAAAUUGAAGGGUUCUCCUUUGGCCGCCAAAACUCUAGGGCGCAUGUUAAGCAUGGACCUUCAAGCAUCUCAUUGGAGUUCCAUACUUGAGAGUGAACUGUGGGAGUUGAAACAAAAGGAAACCGAGAUUUUGCCUGCCCUUCGGUUGAGCUACAUGUAUUUACCAUUCUAUUUGAAACAAUGCUUUGCAUUCUGCGCCGUGUAUCCCAAAGAUUACAAAUUUGAGAAGGCAUGCUUAGCUGAAAUUUGGGUGGCAGAAGGCUUUGUGGAGCCUCGAGGUGGUGUUCCCAUUCAAGAUAUUUGCUAUCAGUAUUUUGAAGACCUUGUGGCGCGGUCCUUCUUUCAAAAGGUUAAUGGUCGAUAUGUAAUACAUGACUUGCUGCAUGACAUGGCACAAAAAGUUUCAGAGCACGACUGCUUCAUCUUACGAAAUAAGAGUGACUUUGAUAAAGUUCCCCAGAAUGUUCGCCAUAUAUACAUACUCCCUAGCAGUGAAUUUGAUGAUUCCAACUUGUUGAUACUAUGCAAGUACACGAAGCUACGCACCCUAAUUUGCAAGAAUAAUUUAGGGAAAAGAACAAGCUUUGUAAUGGAUCACUGGUGUGCUAAACUUCCGCGUAUGCGUGUGAUCUCUUUUGUCUUCACAAAUGUGUUGCCAGAUAGUAUUGGUAACUGGAAGCAUCUUCGGUACCUUGAAAUCUCUAGAGCUUGUCCUUUGAAGAGGAUCCCUUCAACUUUCUGUUGGCUAUAUAAUAUGCAGAUUUUAUAUGCCAAGAAAUGCAAGAUACAAAGCUUACCCGCUGACUUUGAUAAGUUGACCAGUUUACAGAAAUUUGAAUCAAAUGGAUUAACUAUUGAUGCAGCCAAUCAAGAGGGACAAGGAAUUAGGUCAAUUAAGAAUCUAAAUCAAAUUCGUGGAUACUUGGAGAUAGCUAAUAUUGGUGUUGGCAUCCUAACUAAGGAUCAUGCAGCAGAAGCUGAACUAAAGAAAAAGAAAUAUGUUGACGAGUUGGUACUAAAGAUGCGAGGUGCUUUACGCUCCCUUGAGUUUUAUAUCCACAACAAUGAUAUAGAAGUGCUUGAAGUUCUACAACCUCCUAUCAGCCUCAAGUCUCUGUUCGUCGAGAAUUAUGUCGGUGUCUCGCUCCCAAGCUGGUUUCAACCACAAAACUUGCCAAGCUUAACAUCUCUCAAUUUUAAGGGUUGUAUUGGACUGAAGAGCAUAAACCUGAACAAGAUACCUGCAAUUGGUACUUUCUUGUCCUUGACAAACUUAUGGAUUGAUGGGUGCGAAAAUUUAUCAAGCCUAGAAGAUUUUCUGCAACCAAGUUAUGUACCUGGCAUCAAGAAAAUAAAUAUUAUGGAUUGCAAGAUGUUAGCAUCUGUACCAACUGAGAGUUUUGGGGGUUUUCAUUUCCUUGAAGAACUGGGCAUAUUUGAUUGUCCGAACAUCUGUCACCAAAGAUUGGUAUCGCCAUCCCUCAAGGAGCUCCAUUUGUGUCGUUCUAGUCUCUUUUGCAAUAUUGACUGCUGCUCCCUCACCUCCUUUCAUUGUCAAUGUGAGUUUUCCACAUCCAUACAACUACAAACGUGGAGUCUUCCAGCUUUAAAAACGUUGGUAAUUUGGUGCAAAUCUCUUACAUCUAUUGGAGGCUCUAGCUGCAUUAGAGCAUUCCCAUCCCUUACUAUCCUACAAGUUCAGUUCUGUGAUAAAUUGUCAACCCUUGAUGGCAUCCUAACACAAGAAUACCUACCUGCUAUUGAGAAAAUUGGCGUCGAAUUUUGUCCUGAUUUACUGUCCCUGCCAGUUGAAAGGUUUGUGAAUUUUCCUCAUCUGAAACAUCUCGUGGUUUCUAUUUGCCCAAGUCUCAACUGGCAAAGGGGGCUUGUGUUGCCAUCAUCUCUCCAAAGACUAAGCUUCAGGAGCUGCGGCGAUAUUUCUCCAUAUGUUCCCAGCUGCCUACAGAACCUCACAUCCCUCGUCUCGCUGAGCAUUGGUAGGUGCCAGGGUAUAACAUCCAUUCCAGGUGACAUUUGGAGCGGUAAUCUUACAUCACUUGAGGAACUGAGGAUUUCGGAAUGUCCAGACCUAGUUUCAUUUGGUGGAGCAGAGGCAGUUACAAAUAUAAAGAAGAUUCAGAUAUACAAAUGUCCAAAGUUAAAGGAAGCGGAUCAGAUCGAUAGAUGACCAGCCAAGGCGAGCAGGAAGCCAUAGCUGCAUCAUUUAAAAAAUUGGAAAACCUGAGGACAACGAGACUUUAUGCUUUCCGUCUCACCGUCUCUACCUAUCUCCCCGUAGGAGCCUCUCUCUUUUAAGUGUGUGAACAAUGAAGACUUUUGGCAUGUUAAAGAUCUGGAAUGUGUUUUACCAUGCAUGGAUGGGCACUGCAUCUGCAUCUUCAUCUUGCUUAGUCUCAACAACCACGACGAGUAAAUCGGAACGGAGGGAGUACUUCGUAGGGUGUGGUCUGGAACUGGUUGAUGCAACUCAUUGAUUGAUUCAUCACUAUUUUGGUGCAUUCCUUUCUGUUCUAGGAUUUCUUGUCUUCGACUCUCACUAGAAUGAUGCUGUAGCGUUUACAAUAUGUUUUCCUCACAACUUGGUUGACACAGAAAGAAAGAAAG